GCUAUCCUAUUCUCUCUUCCUCUUUUUCCUAAAGGUAGAUUCCUAAACUGACCCACACUUUUCACCUUUCAAAUAUUCCCUCUCCCUACCCAAGCACACAUAUAAAUACACAUUUCUGAUUCUUAUUCAUUCUGCAACUUGAAAUCUCAUUCAGAAGAGAAGUUCCCUCUUCUUUUCUUCGCCUUAAUCAUGGUUCCUGCAUUAGAGAAACCACGGGUGACUGAAAUAUAUGUCCGAAUGGACUGCAAUGGAUGUGUGCAGAAGAUCAAGAAAGCUUUGAGUGGCAUUAAUGGCAUAUAUGACACGCAUAUUGAUUUCCCUAAACAAAAGGUGACAAUAAUAGGAUGGGCUGAACCUGAUAAGAUCGUCAAAGCUAUAAAGAGGACCAAGAAAAUUGCUACUGUUUGCAGCCACACUGAACCUACAGAGUCUACUCAACCCCCUACAGAACCACCUCCCCCGGAAGCUGCCGCAGCUCCUGAUGCAACAACCUCUCCUACAGAACCUCCACCUGCUGAAAACUCACCACCACCAGAACCUCCAAAAGAUCCACCACCUCCUGAAAACCCAACUCCACCGGAGAACACGACACCUGAGACGCCAAUACCACCAACAACACUAGAGAACCCACCCCAACCUAAGGAUUUGGAACAAAUUCAUGUUAUACAUCACCAUCAUCCACAGGAUAACAGAUAUGGGUACAGUAGCUUCCCAAAUGAUCAGCAAAAUGAUCAUGGACACUGGCAAAGUUACCCUCAUGAACUUAGAACAAACCAACCCAUGUAUGCCACUCAUAGCUACAACAACUAUACACCUUCACCAUACAUCCCUAGGUACUACUACCAGAGUGCGCGUUCACCUCCACAGCCCACAGAUUAUAGAAUGGAAGAACACUAUAAUGGAGAAUAUCGAAACUAUGACAGUGUCCACAGUAAUGGGAAUACUAUUACUUCAAUGUUUAGCGACGAAAAUCCUAAUGCAUGUACAAUCGUCUAGAUUUCAAGGAGGGAUUAGUACGUAAGAAGGGAUUCUCUUUCUUUUGCCACUAAAAGAGAAUCUUAAUUAGCUAGAUAAAAAAGGAGACGACUAGGCCCACUAGGUAACGAGUACAGUAACUGAGGUAGCUAUAACGAAUGACCUGUACGUAAUGAAUAAGACAUGGAUACUAUCUGGUGUUCAUCUCGUAUGAAAGAAUAAUGGAAUAUACAUAUAUAUUUGUGAACUAUGUAACAGUGUUCUACUUUUGGAGUACUUUUUCCCAA